ACAUCACAAUUCCUACAGUUUAAUAUCUCUCUCUCUCUCUCUCUCUCUCUCUCUAAUAAUGAAGCAAAGCUUUCAAUAUAAUGUUCUCCUCCUAUUCCUUCUAUUCCUUGUUUCAAACACAAAAAUAUCUGCCAGAUUGAUGGCUACCAAACAAGGACAAGGGGAGGUGAUAAAUCACAGCCAAACGAUUACUGCGGAUUCCACACAAAUGGAAAGCAGUGAAUCAAUGCAUCAGCUAAUGCGGUUGGAUGUCUGUGACAAUGAAGAUGAGGAAUGCACCAAUAGAAGAAUGAUGGCAGAGGCUCACCUGGACUACAUCUACACCCAACAUCACAAGCCCUGACGUUCCAACUUAGACUAAUUUCACUAUUUAUAAUUGGAAUAUAUUAGUCGACAUUCUUCUAAAUCCACCAUCACACGGUGGGACUUAGUAAGUUAGUAUCAACUAUGAUGGACGGUAUUAUGUCAACUGCUAAUCUCACUACUGCAGAUAUGACUGCUACCUGUUUAUUCUUCUGUAUGGUAAUGAAAUUAUGAACAUUAGCAAGCAUAUCA